GAAUAUGGAGGGGCGGAGAAAGCCAAAAGGAAAGGAAGAAGACGAAAAGAAACAUAGAAAGAAACGGUAAAGACAGUUAGCAAUCAUCGCCGACGAUGGCCUCUCCAUUCCAUGCCAACCCAACAACGACAGUGACCCACAUCAUGAUUAAAUAGUACGUGCACUCUACAUUUACAAUCCCGAGUCCUCACACUACAUUCACUGCAUCAAACUUCUAGCUAAUAGUCAUAGCUAGACUGAAAAACCAGUACUCCUAAGCCUUAACCUUAACCCCCCCUUACACAAACACACACAGCACAGACACGUUUAUCCCGUCCCCCACGUCUCUUCAAUCAGGCUUGCUUAAUUCUUCUGCCGCUGAACUAGCAGAAUAGUGGUUUAUGAGGAUAAAACAAAUAAACAAAGUUGACGAAUGAAUGUUAGUUGGGUACAUUUUACAGUUGCAUGUUAUUUGAGUGGACUGCGAGACACCUGAGUGAUUCGUCGUCGUCGUCAUCAUCAUCAUCAUCAAAGAAUUAAGGAGAGGGAAAUGGGCAAGGGAAAUAGAAGUAAAGUUGGUCAUCGUGAAGCAAAAGGAUCAAACAAUGCUGCGACCAAAUCAAGAAAGUGUGGCAGGGACACCUUGCCUCCUAACCACCAUCAUGUUGACAAGGAUGACUUAUACAAGGAAUUAUGGCAGGCAUGUGCCGGCCCUCUUGUUUAUGUUCCUCAGGCUGGGGAGAGGGUUGUCUACUUUCCCCAGGGGCACAUGGAACAGGUAGAGGCAUUCAUGAACCUAGAUACUAAAACCGAAAUGCCUCCCUACAAUUUACCUUCGAAGAUCUUCUGCAGGGUUCUUAAUGUGCAACUGAAGGCGGAAGCUGGAACAGACGAGGUGUUUGCCCAAAUAACUUUGCUUCCAGAGGCGAAGCAAGAAAUAGUAAGCUUAUUGGACGGAAAUUCUCUGACUUUGUCUCGCAAAACUUGUACUCGAUCCUUCAGCAAGAAACUCACAUCAUCUGACACGAGCACACAUGGAGGAUUCUCUGUUCUAAAGCGGCAUGCAGAGGAGUGCCUUCCAUCCAUGGAUAUGUCUGGAGAGCCCCCAGAACAAAAGCUUUAUGCAAAAGACGUGCAUGGUUACGACUGGUGCUUCCGACAUGUAUUUCGGGGUCAGCCAAAGAGGCACUUGCUAACUACUGGUUGGAGCACAUUUGUUACUUCAAAAAAACUUCUUCCGGGGGAUGCUUUUAUCUUCCUUAGGGGAGAAAAUGAAGAACUUCGCAUAGGGGUCCGUCGUGCAAUGAAACAACAGAACAAUGCAUCAACCAGUGUCAUCUCAGCUUGUAGCAUGCAGCAUGGUAUAUUGGCUACGGCUGUCCAUGCCAUCAACACUGGGACCAUGUUUAUGGUGUACUUCCAUCCGUGGACAAGUCCCACGGAAUUCAUCAUUCCUCUUGAUCAGUACUUGGAGUCGGCAGAAAUUGACUAUUCUGUUGGGACAAGGUUCAGAAUGCUGUUUGAAGGAGAAGAGUGUUCAGAACAGAGGAUUGACAGCUUUGAAGGCAGCAUCAUUAGCAGUGAAGACGUUGAUCAAUUUCGGUGGCCCAAUUCAGAAUGGAGAAGUCUUAAGGUAAAAUGGGACGACACGUCUGAAGGACUUACACGUCCGGAUAGAGUUUCUCCUUGGACAGUUGAACCAAUAGAACCCAUAAAGAAACAUACUUCUCCUCUACACCCAUCAAAGAAGGCGCGUUCUAUAGAUGCAUCACUGUCUGGGUUUCCCAGCAUGAUCAAAGCCGGCAUUUUGCAUGGCCCAGUUGAAAAUGCAACCCCAAAUCUCUUGGGGGUCUUGCAAGGUCAAGAAAAGAGGGACACUUGUGUUAACAGAUUUGGCGCACAUGAAACUUCGAUACUCUCACAAUUGAUUCCUCAAAAUACUGAACCAAAUAACAAAACGUUAGGGUUGGAGAAUCAGUUGUGCUCUGCAAUGCAUGGCGCGUUUCAUCCUUGUCCUAGUGGUACAAUAUUAUUUUCUGGUGGAAACUUAACAAUCUCGGAUCUUCGUAAUGGCUGUCGCCCUCCCCUCAGCUCUUAUGGGAUUCCUGAAAAUGCCAUAGUAGGCACAAAAUUUUCUAUUCUGAAUGUCAACUCUUGCGAUUCGGGGUCUCAAGGUUCAAGAACUUUGAAACUGAAGGACGCAAACGAAAUUCCACACGCUCCACCAAAAGGUGGCGGCAGGUACAAGCUUUUCGGAGUUGAUUUAGAUAAAAAUCCACCGGAGCUCCCUUCAUCACAAGUUUCUACUUAUAGUGAUCAUGAAAGUCUCUUUUCUCCCUCUCCAAUGUCCCAAUCCAGCGUUUCCGAGCCAUCUAAGAGUACAUCUGCAGCCACUAACUCAGACAGUCAAUGCAAGAACUGUUCUGCCACUGAUCUGUCUUGCACAAAGGUGCUUAAAUAUGGAGCUGCUGGAAGAUUAAUCGACCUUACCAGGUUUAACGGGUAUGGCGAACUGAUUCGUGAACUGGAUCAGAUAUUCGACUUCAAUGGAAGUUUAAUUGACGAGAGAACAGGUUGGCAGGUAACAUACGAUGACGAAGGGGAUUUGAUGCUGGUUGGAGAUUGUCCAUGGAAGAAAUUCCAGCGUACGGUCCGAAGAAUGGUUAUCUGCCAAAAGAAGGACAUUGGGAGGCUGAAUCCAAGCUCUCCAAAUGGAGUAUAUGUGUAGCAUCAAACACUUGCUCGAGUCGAUUUGUGUCAUCAGUUUCGUGUUCAAACGCUUCUGUCUGCGAAUAAAUGUGUUUGUGUGUGUGAAAUAAUGCUGGAAAUGCAGCUUCAAAUAAAACUUUAAAUAAAGCUUGAUGCAUCUUUUAUGUAUUUGUUUGAACCUUAAAUAUUUGUUCACUGGCUA